AUGGAAGACUCUACAACAUAUGGAUCCCCGGGCAACGGCGCAUCCCCAGACGGCAAUCCAAUUCUAGCACAGCCCCCUUUACAAGCUGAAGCAGGCUCUGGUGAAGGCCAAGAUAUUCAAAUGUCUGAAGACCUCACCACCGAGGCGAACAUAAAGCAGGAUACCACAACACCUGGACCAGAUGUCAUCGCCACCGAAGGCAAUGACCAAGCGCAGGCAGAUGCAAAUAUCAACGCUGACACAGAAAUGGGUGACGUGCCCGCCGCUGCUUCGAAAGAGCCUGCUCCUUCAGCCGAGGCGGACGGUACUACGGGAGACCAAGAAACAAAGUCCAAGGAAAAUGUCGAAUCCGCCGCACGGGAACAACUAAUCUCGCAAACCCACGCGAUUGUUCUGCCAAGUUAUAGCACAUGGUUCGAUAUGAACAGCAUCCACGACAUCGAACGCAAGGCCAUGGCUGAAUUUUUCAAUAAUCGAAACAGGAGCAAGACCCCCGCAGUAUACAAGGACUAUCGCGACUUCAUGAUUAACACUUACCGCCUGAAUCCGGUUGAAUAUUUGACCGUCACCGCUUGUCGCAGAAACUUAGCUGGUGACGUCUGUGCCAUCAUGAGAGUGCAUGCUUUUCUGGAACAGUGGGGCUUAAUUAACUACCAGGUGGAUGCCGAACAGAGGCCCUCACACGUUGGCCCUCCAUUUACUGGUCAUUUCAAGAUUAUAUGCGAUACGCCGCGCGGUCUCCAACCGUGGCAGCCAUCUGCCGACCCUGUUGUCCUGGAGGGCAAGAAGAACGGUGACACUGAAAAAAAGUCUGCUCCCAGUGUUGCGACGAAGAGCGAUCUCAACCUCGAAAUUGGCCGCAACAUUUACGAAGCAAGUUCAAAGGGCACAUCGGUAAACAAGACCGAGACGAAAGCGAAUGGCGAGGCGCCAACCGCGAAUGGCAUUUCUGCUGCAGAAGACCCAACCGCAUCCGCCAUUGCUAAAGUCAGCUGCCAUCAAUGCGGCAACGACUGCACUCGGGUCUAUUAUCACAGCAGCCAAACUGACUCCAGCUCGAAGGCCAAGUACGAUCUUUGCCCCAACUGCUUCACAGAGGGUCGUUUGCCAGCGAACCAUACGUCGAGCAUGUACUCAAAAACAGAGAACCCCACAUACACAUCUGUUGUGGAUCGGGACGCGCCUUGGACUGACGCUGAAAUUCUUCGUCUUCUGGAAGGUCUGGAGCGGUUCGACGACGACUGGGGUGAGAUUGCGGACCACGUCGGCACGAGAACGCGCGAGGAAUGUGUGCUCCAGUUUUUGCAGUUGGAUAUUGAAGAAAAGUAUUUGGAUUCAGAGGUACCUAUCAAUGCGCCCACUGGUUUAUCUAUGCUUGGCGCACAGCACGGUCAUCUGCCGUUCAGUCAAGUCGAUAAUCCAGUCAUGUCCGUCGUAGGCUUUCUAGCAAGCCUGGCAGACCCUGCAAGUACGGCCGCCGCUGCCAACAAAUCCGCCGAUGAAUUGAAGAGAGGCUUGCGGAAGCAAUUAAAUGGCAAACAAGAAGCAAACGGAGAGAGCAAUGGCGGUGAGGCGGAAUCCGACGUAUCGAAAGAGCAAGAAAAGAGACAGCCAGGGGCGGAGUCGAUGGACUUAGACGUGCGUCAGGAGGUCACAACCACCACCACUACGACUACCACCACCACGACAAAGAACACGUCUCUUGCUUCUAUACCCUUGGCGUCUAUAGGGGCUCGUGCCGCGGGCUUUGCUUCCCAUGAAGAGCGAGAAAUGACUCGUCUUGUCUCCGCUGCUACUAAUGUAACAUUGCAAAAGCUGGAGUUAAAGCUCAAGUAUUUCAAUGAAAUUGAGGGUAUCCUCCGAGCAGAGAGGCGUGAGCUGGAACGUGGCCGACAGCAAUUACUCCUGGACAGGUUGGCUUUCAAGCGUCGAGUGGGCAAAGUAAUGGAUGGCCUGAAGACGGCAGCCGCCGUAGGAGGUGACCAAGGCGUUCGCAUGGCACAGGACGCCAUCCAACCUGAUGGGGAAACACUGGGUUUCCAGCCCGUUACUGGGGAGCCAUCUGUACAACCACCAAGCAGCAAUGGGCAAGUCAAGAGUUAUGAGGCUUGA